AGAGAGAGAGAGAGAGAGAGAGAGAGAGAGAGAGAGCGCGCGCGCAAGUUUGUGCCGAGGAGCCGGGACCGUCCCAGAAGAUGGGCGUUGAAGACCUAGAGGAUGGCGUGGUUGGUACUCCCCCUAGUGGUAAUUCUCACACACACAGCGGCGAACACACGAGACCAAGGACACGCAGUAAGGGCCCCAGCCACGACCUCGUCGUUGCCAGCUUCGAGGCGAGUCUAAAAAACACGACCAUGUCGAUGCAUCGCCUCACCAGCCUCGAGCGCUAUCACCAUAGCAACCUAAGCAUCGAUGCUAGCGGCUCGUUGCACGUCGUUGCCCCGGGCGACGAGGCAGACGGUCAGAAGGCGGCGGGAGGAUUCUUCGACCUUCCCGCGCGACAGAAGCUGUGCAUCCUCGCCAUCGCCGUCGCUGACUUCUUCUCCGGCACGAGCUACUCGCUCAUAGCGCCCUUCUUCCCCGAGGAGGGGCUGCAGAAGGGAGCAACGAGCACGCAGGUGGGUCUCAUCAUUGGAUGCUUCCAGCUGGUUGGCUUCAUCAUCUCCCCGAUCCUGGGAAAACAC